AUGGCAUUCAAACCGCAUUCGGUAAAGGGAUUCUUACUCGACAUCACCGGAGUUUUGUAUAACAGUUCACCAGAAGGCGGCGAGGCCAUCAAGGGAUCAAUUGAGGCGAUUGCAAGGUAAAUUAUUGUGUUAUUUGGGAUUGUUAUGAGUUGUAACGGCUGUUACAACGCGUAUACUAACUUGUGAAACAACUUAGAACAUAUUUAACCUCAAAAUUAUAAUUUUUGGAUAUUAUCCAUGGCAAGUGUAAUAUAAUUUAUGUCGAAAAAUUUAGGUUAAAAGGCUUUUUUUGGGAGUUUUUUGCUUUGUUAUGACUUGUGAUUGACCCUGAUGAUGUUGCAGACAGUUUGAAGAGUUUUUUCAUUACUCGUGGCAAGUGUAAUAUCCCAUCUCGUUCCAGGCUCUACAGAGAAAGCACACUGCGAUUUGUGAGCAACGAGAGCACCUCCACACCGGCGAAACUUCAUGCCAAGCUGACUCGACUCGGCUUCACCUUGAAGCAGGAGCAUUUGUUCACACCGGCUCCAGUGGCAGCUGACUACAUUAAGAGAAAUGGACUUCGACCUCACCUACUAAUUCAUAAAGGUAGAGUGUUAUUUUUUGUUAUUGCUUUGAUUUUUAGGGGUACUAGAAUGCUUUUCCGACUGUGAUACGACGAACCCCAACUGUGUAGUAGUGGGCGAUGCCGAAGACGACUUCACGUACGAGAACAUGAACAAAGCAUUCCGGGUGUUAAUGGAGUCGGAGCGACCUUUGUUGAUCUCCCUUGGAUGUGGGUAGGUGUGAGAGAUCUCAAGGGAAUUUGAGGUGAAAAAUAAAAAGUUUCAUUUUGUUGCCUAAAAUAUGCAAACGUCGUUGUAAUCGGUUUUUAAGGUCUUGAAUCAGCUACAAAAAAGUUUUUUUGUAGAAUCUAGAGCCUUGAUUUUCCUUAUGAGACAAUUUUAAGGGCAAAAAUCACCAAAUUUUAUAUUGUAGUAGGCAUGAGUUGGAAAGUUUUUUGCUGUUUGGCCCAAAAAUGGAAAGUUAUGGAGUCUCAACUUCUCUCAGAGAAAUAUUAAGUCCUUUCUGAUAUUCCCCAACGAUUUUCAACACCCAAUAUCAUCUCAUUUCAGUCGGUUCUAUCAACGAGUCACAGGCCCUUGUAUGGAUCUCGGCGGCUUCGCAAUCGCCCUGAAAUACGCCACCGGCUGCGAACACAUUGUGCUGGGCAAACCGGACGAGUCCUAUUUUAUGGCCGCCAUCAACGACAUGGGUCUGAGCAAGGAGGAGGUGGUUAUGGUGGGCGAUGACAUUGUGAGCGACAUUGGCGGCGCCCAAAGCCACGGAAUCCGCGCGAUCCAAGUGAAGACCGGGAAAUGGCGACCAGAAUGGGAGAAACACUACGUGAACCCCGACUUCAUCGCUGACAACCUUCAGCACGCGGUGGAGACAGUGCUCGACGCCAAAUAA